GAAAAUGAAAAAGGAAAGAGACUGUUUCUCUCUCUAGAAUUAUUUAUAUGUAUAUUAUCUUGUAUGCCAAGUUUAUUCCCUUUUCUGAUUCUUCUUUAGAUCCUUUUAUUCUCGUUCAAACCGGAUCUCUCUAUGCCCCCAGACAAAAUUUUCUCUUACAUUUAAUGCCCCUUUGAUAGAGAGAUUUUGGGUCGAUUUGAUUCAUCAAAACCGAGUGACUUUUGGAGCGACUCAAUGGUUUUUCACAACAAUUCGAGUGAUUUUGGAGAGAAAAUGCAGAGAUGUCGAGAGUAUAUGGAAGCUUUGGAAUCGGAACGCAGAAAGAUUCAGGUGUUCGAACGCGAGCUUCCUCUUUGUCUUGAGCUUGUUACUCAAGCAAUUGAUGGAUGCAAACAGCAAAUGUCUGGAACGACGACUGAUUACUUCAAUGGCCAAUCUGAAUGUUCUGAGCAGACAUCAAGUGAAGGUCCAAUUUUGGAGGAAUUUAUUCCCAUGAAAAGAACUUCAUCUGCACAUGAUGAAGAUGAUCAACAACAACAACAACAAUUUAAUCAUAAACCCAAGGUUAUAUCCACCAAAGAUAAAUCAUCAUUUCCUUCUAAGAAAUCCGAUUGGCUUAGAUCUGCUCAACUCUCUAUUCAAACCCCAGAUCCAGUGGAGUUAUCACCCAAAAGAGUUUCGGUUGUCGAGGUUACGAGAAAUGGCUGUGGCGCUUUUCAUCCAUUCAAGAAAGAAAAAACCUCCGACGCAGCUCCGGCGGCUGGAACUGGUAAAUUAUCACCUGCACCUGCCACGGGUCCUACAGCGGCGGCCAGUUCCACGGCGGAGACAGGCAGCGGUAACGGUGGUUGUGGAGAAAGCAAAAGCGAAGAUAAAGGACAGUCUAAUAGGAAAGCAAGGAGGUGUUGGUCGCCGGAGUUACAUCGGCGUUUCCUCCAUUCUCUUCAACAACUCGGCGGCGCCCAUGUUGCUACACCAAAACAAAUUCGGGAAUUAAUGAAGGUUGAUGGGCUCACAAAUGAUGAAGUUAAAAGCCAUUUACAGAAAUAUCGUUUGCAUACAAGAAGGCCAACACCUACAAUCCAUAACAAUAACAACCCACAAACACCUCAAUUUGUGGUGGUCGGAGGAAUAUGGAUGACACCACCGGAAUACACCACCAUGGCCGCCACCUCAACACCAACUUCCGGCGAAACCAACAACUCCAAAGGUGUAUAUGCCCCCAUUGCUUCUCAUCCGCCGUCUCUUCCAGAAGCAUCUAUGUCCCUAAACAAAAGUAAUUCCGGUGAAAAGAUGGUGGUCACAGCCAUGAAGAUUCACCGUCAACUUCCUCCUCCACCCACACCACCACAGCCUCGCCAGUUUUUUGACAUUCCGGCAUUCUGACAGCCACUCGGAGUUUGUGUAGGGUAUUUUUGUAGGGAGGCCAUUUUCCCUGUUUGAUCUCUUUCGUCUUGCUGAUCGGUUGAAUGCUGUAAAAGUAUAGAAAAAUGUUAGAUUAUUUUGGUCUAAUUUUACAAGUAAUGGGUGCACGUGAAUAUGAUAGA